AUGGAGUUGACAGUGAAGCACAAGAAGAGGAGAUGUGCACAGCUUAGGAAUAAUUUUGUUGGAGAUGAGAUGAAGUUUUUACAGAUGGCUCAAAUCUCUACAACUUCGUCAAGAGUAAACUCCCAAGAAGAGUCAUGGAAGUUGUGGACUGAAUCAGAUACUUUUCAUUACAGGAAUUUGGGAAAUGAGACAGAUCGACUUGCACUCCUGGAAUUCAAAUCCAAGAUAGGCAGUGAUCCACAUGACGUCUUUAGCUCCUGGAAUGAUUCUGUCAACUUCUGCCAAUGGCGAGGGAUUUCUUGUGGCCGCAAACACCACAGAGCUACGUCUCUAGACCUGUACAGGCUGAGCUUGUCAGGAACCAUUUCUCCGUCUAUUGGGAACCUCACCUUCUUAAGGUUCUUAAAUCUUCGCAAAAACAGAUUCCUCGGUGAAAUUCCGCAGGAAGUUGGCCGCUUGUCCCGAUUGAGACAUCUUAACCUGAUGGAUAACAGAUUGGAAGGUGAAAUUCCACUCAACAUCACCUACUGCUCAGAGCUCCGAAUCUUGAUAUUGGCUAGAAAUAGCUUUAUGGGUAAAAUUCUUGAUGAACUAAGCUCUUUAAAGAAGCUUGUGAUGCUUCGUCUUUAUAGAAAUAAUUUUACAGGACAGAUACCACAUUCCUUUGGAAACUUUUCCUACUUGAAGCAUUUAUCUAUAGGAGAAAAUAAUUUGGCAGGAAAUAUUCCUGACAAAUUGGGGCAAUUGAUAAGCUUGAAUUUCUUCUCGGUUGAAGUAAAUAAUUUGACAGGUACAAUUCCUACUACCCUAUACAACAUCUCAUCCAUCAUUACCUUUUCGGUGUCGGCUAAUCAAUUGAACGGGAGUCUUCCAUGGAACAUUGGCCUCACUCUUCCAAAUCUCCAGUAUUUCACAUUUGGUAGUAACCAGUUCCAUGGAACUAUUCCAGUUUCAUUACACAAUGCUUCUCAGCUUGAAACGAUUGACUUCUCUACCAACAUGUUCACGGGACAAGUUCCAAAUAAUUUAGGACGUCUAAAGGAUCUUCAAGAGUUAACUUUAGAGAUUAAUUUUCUGGGCACAAUCUAG